AUGUUACAGAGCAACCCCACCAGAGCCCCCCUGUGGGGGAGGGAGCCUGCCAGCUGUGAGGGCCUCUGCAGCCCGGGAGCCGGUGCUGAUGGUGGUGGCCGUGACUGCUAUGGGACCCUGAGGCCCGGCUGGCCUGCGAGAGGGCAGGGUUGGCCGGAGGAGGAAGACGGUGAGGACGUGCGGGGGCUGCUGAAGAGGCGCGUGGAGACUCGGCAGCACACCGAGGAGGCCAUCCGCCAGCAGGAGGUGGAACAGCUGGACUUCCGUGACCUCCUGGGGAAGAAGGUGAGUACCAAGACCGUUUCAGAAGAAGACCUCAAGGAGAUCCCAGCUGAGCAGAUGGAUUUCCGCGCCAACCUGCAGCGGCAGGUGAAGCCGAAGACCGUGUCAGAGGAAGAGAGGAAGGUGCACAGCCCUCAGCAGGUCGACUUCCGCUCGGUCCUAGCCAAAAAGGGGACUCCUAAGACCCCGGUGCCUGAGAAGGCACCUCCUCCCAAACCUGCCACCCCAGAUUUCCGCUCGGUGUUAGGCAGCAAGAAGAAAUUACCAGCGGAGAAUGGUAGCAACAGCGCUGAGGCCUUGAAUGCCAAAGCAGCAGAAAGUCCCAAGGCCAUGAGCAAUGCCCAGCCUUUAGGGUCCCUGAAACCCUUGGGCAAUGCCAAGCCUGCUGAAACCCUAAAACCUGUGGGCAAUGCCAAACCUGCCGAGCCCACGAAACCCGUGGGCAAC